AAACGAAGUUUUACAAUGAAGAAACAAUGAAAUGACAGAUGAAUAAAAAAAUAAUUAAAAGAAUAUUCCUUCUAUUGUUUCAAGUCUUCUACUGUCUUUAAUUCAAAAAUGUUAUUUUAUGAAGAAUAAAGAUCAUUUUCUAAAUAUGAUAGACUUGUUCAAAACAUUUAAGGAUAUCUAUUUCAAGGAUUAUUUUGAAAAGUAUUUACCAAGCCUCCACGAUGCCGGUUAAUCUUUUAUGUUUCUUAAAGUUCUGAGCAAUAAUGAAGAUUUUCAUUGAGAGGAUUUCCCGUGACGGUUUGAAAUCCAUCAACUUUCUUCUGUUAGCAACAGUUGUGCAACCACCAUUUUAUCAACCUACAUGAAAGAUAAAAACAGUGCAAGCCGCUUGAUCGAAGACAGCACUGCCGUGAGAUUGCGGGUGACGGCAGUUAUUGAAGCGUAGAUUUACUUAUAAGAUGCAUGAAGUCCAGAACCCCGUGAUUGUCAACAUAUUAUUUCUUAUCCUCUUUGGAAUAACCAUCUCGCAAAUUGAUUCUCUCAAAGAUGCAUGUUUAAGUGAAUGCAAUUGCAAGUGGAAAAAUGGAAAACAAACGGUAGAGUGUAUUGGUGUCAACUUAGUAGGAAUUCCAGAUGGACUAAGUAGUGAGACUCAAGUUUUAGACCUUACUGGUAAUCUGCUUCAACUACUUCCUAGUCGAGCUUUUUAUAGAGUCAGUUUAGUUAACUUACAGAAAGUGUUUGCACCAAGAUGCGGACUAUUGAGCAUUGCUGAUGAUGCUUUCUAUCAACUAAGUAACUUGAUUGAGUUAGAUAUAAGCAACAAUUUUCUUACGUGGAUUCCAAGUGUUGCGCUAAGAGAUACUCCGUUGCUAAGACGUUUACUAUUAAGUUUUAAUCCGAUCCAAAGAGUUGAAAACGACUCGUUUUCGUUACAGUCACAUCUGACUGUACUAGAACUAAGUAGCUGUCAAAUAGAAGCAAUUGAGCCUCGAGCAUUUGACGGGCUAAAGAGCUUGGAAUACCUCAAACUGGAUGGAAACAAGCUAAGGACGUUACCGCCGGAAAUGGUUAAACCAUUUUCUACGUUGUAUGCAUUGGAACUGCAUCAGAAUCCCUGGCAAUGUGAUUGUCAUAUAAGAAGCGUCCGAAAAUGGAUGCUAAGACACAACAUACCAAUUAGCAGUCCUCCACAAUGCUUUGAACCACCAAGGUUGCGCGAGUUUACAUGGGAUACAGUAAGUAUUGAUGAGUUUGCUUGUAAGCCUGAAGUAACCGUAGUUGAAUCUUCUGUGACAUACAUAGAAGGGGAUAAUGCAACUCUUGGUUGCCGUGUGCAGGCAGUUCCAGAAGGAACUGUAAACUGGAUUUGGAGGGGAAGGGUAAUUAGCAACCUUACACUUAUGUCGUUCGGACGACAAAUGUAUUUAAUUAGAGAAGUGGGAACAACACUCAAAGUUAACUCAUUGACAAUAUUUAAUGUGAUGCUCAAAGACAGUGGUAGGUAUCUUUGUGUUGCGUCUAACCCUGCUGGAAGAAUAUCUGCAAACAUUACUCUUAACGUUGUACCAAGAGACACCAAUUCUGACAAUCUGAGUGGUGAAGAAAUAGCUGGAAUUGUUAUUGGUGUACUUUUCGUGAUAUUUGCACUGUUCUUUGUUUUUAGUUUUUUCAUGAUGAGACAUCAAAGAUUGUUUCAAAAUAGGAACAAAAGUAACAGUUUUCCUUUCUACAAAAACUUUUUCUCAUUUAACAACAAUCACGUUGGUGUUGUGGUGAAAAAUUCAACGGGUGUUGAUUUAAGUAUGAAUGCAAACGGUAGUAAUUUGGUAGAUGGUAAAUGCAACGCCUCACCUCUUUCUCCUUGUAGUGGAUCAGAAGCAAGUGUUUAUAGUGGAAAUAAAGUAAAUAAUUUACCAUUUGAACAGUAUAGUGUGCAUGAGAGUAACAGCCCUAACACACAACCAUCACCUAAUUCUGAAAAAUGGUAUCCUUCUACCCUAAACAGACAUUCUAUUAGGGAAACGGAAACAGGUAUAGAAAUGUGUGUGAUAUCAAAAAACGAAAAUGUAAAUCCUGAUGAUAAAUCUUUUAAACCAAAUAUAGAUAGUUUAGAAACUGCUGAGCGAACGGAAUAUAGACGCCCGAUAACAACUGACGAGAAAGAUGAUGAUUUAGAAAGCGCGGGACCAAUGAUGUAUGAUAUCCAGCAGCCUAUAAACGAUUAUUAUAUGGAUCAUGACUUACCAUCUCACAAAUGCUCUAUUUGGCCAUUAUCUGAAGGUUCCUUUAAAGACGAAAGCUACCAUAGUUAUAAUAGUCCUUCCCAGUCUAGCUGGAAGAGAAGUUCUGUAAUUAUCCCUCAACAAAUACAUCAUAUAUUUUCACCUGAUGCUAGAGAUUCACCUGAUGAAGGUUUGGGAGAUGAAAGAGAAUAUGAAACAGAUAUACUUGAUUGAAAAAGGGUGAAAGAAUCCUUACAUUAAAUUUAAGGUAUUUUUUGAGGUUUACGCGAGGUUGUUUUGAGGUGUCAAAGUUGAUUUAAUAUUUAUUCGAAAUUGAUUUUAGAGACAACCUUAAAAGAUCAACCUCCCAAGGUUUGUUGUCAGGGUGGAUGAAGUCGUUUUAUUAACACAUGAGGUUGAUUUGAGGUUAAAUGAAAUCUGCUUUAUAGCAACCAAAUUAGGGAGGUUGUUUUUGAGUUUUGAGGUGCAUGAAUUAUUUUAUCUGCAUUUCAAGGAAAUACCUAUAUAUGAUGUGUGAAUAAUUUCACCCAAUCUAAACUGAGGAUGAAAUUGAGGUUUAUUAAUGAGGCUAUUUUUGGUGCAAAACCUAACCUAAUUUUCUACCUCAUUUGUAUUUUUUACAUCUGUCAAACUCAAAAUAACCUCAAAAACACCUUAUCUUUCGUAAGUGAUAAAGAGAUAGUUUAAAGCGUUGAUGGAAUGAAUGGUUUAGUAUUUUUCUCGCGCACAAGUUUAUCAUGAACUGGAGAAACUAAAUCAAUUUAUACAAACAAUUUUAAUUUUAAACAAAUAUUGCUUUUCUAAAAGAGACAUUUUGAGCAAUGUUAUAUUUAUUUUCCUUAAAGUUGUAAAAAAAUAUAUUUUAAAACAUUUAAUUUUAAGAACAACUCGAUCCAUUUUCAGAAAUUUUGCAGAAUUGAUAUUUAAGAUAUUUUGCAAUGACAUUGAAAUCCAAGUCAAAAAUAAAAUGCCAAUGUUUGUGUAAGAAAAAAUACCAAAACAUUAUUGAUACUUGGCAAAUUAUUUUGGAGGAAGAAGAGAUUAAAAUCUAAACUAGAUCAAAGACUGUAAAAUUGUUAGUAGGAAAAAAAAUAAAUGCUGAAUUUAUUUUUAGAAACGCCUUCUUGUUUUAGAAACGCCUUUAAGUCAGUUAUGGAUCAAAAAGUUUUAUUAUGUGUUAUUCAGUAGUUCUCUUUAUUCAUAACGUUGUUAUUUUUUCUUAGCAUAAAUAUUAAUUUUUGAUCUGUAAUAACUACGAUAUUGACUUUUUGUUCUCAGUAAGCUAACACAUCACAAAAAGAGAGAUAAAAGCUGUUUUUGACAAGAAAUACCCUAAGUGCUUGUAAAAAUUGCCAUAUAUGUAACCCCAUCUUUCUUGCCAACGGCAAAGGGGAAAUUUCACUCACUUUUACUUGUGCGCAUGACUUUCCUGGCUGAAUUGCUCAAAAGUAACACAAGAACUAAUCCAAAAAUUAAAAAUGAAUGUAUGUAUAGAACAAACACUUAGUUUUAUAAAAUUUCCUUGGAUAAAAAUUAUUAACUAUUUUACCCAAUUUUUUGUUCAAAAUUAAGCGACAAUUACGCGGUUAAAGAAGAUUGAGGUAAGCUCACUUUGAAAAUAUAGUUUGGAUCGAUUUGUUUUUACUUAAAAAAAAGUCAAACUGAAGGUUUAUUUAACAGUUUAGACAGUAAAUACAUCAAAUUUGAAAGGUUUAUGGUAUGUUAUAGAAGUGUUUAAACUAAAUAUAUUGAGAGGAAUUAUAAGAAACGGUAUGCAUCGAGAUUAUAAAAAUAAGGUGAUAAAAGAUUUGUCAUUAAAAUUUGAGAUAUAAAGAAAAGUUACAAAUAUAUAUCUAUAAAUAAAGUUGGUUGUUACUGUACAGAACUUCGUUAUUGAACUCAAAAAUGAAUUUUUAAUAAAUAAAGGUAUAUAUAUCUUGAAUUGCUGUAUUGUAACGCGCGAGCUUUUUUAAUGUAUCAUAUGUGUCUUCCUAUUGCAAAAUAAACUACUGAAAAUUACAUUUAAUUUUAAUGAAUUGUGCACAAAAAUUUCGAACUGAAAUGCUAUAUAAGCUAUGGAGAGAGGUUAUACUAAUAGAAUAACACUGGCAGCUAUUUACCAUAGCCUCCUUAUAAGUAUAAUUAGAAUUUUGGAAAUGAAAAGAUGAUUUAAGUAAAUAAUUAAAUAAUACAAACGUAUUUUUUGUUUAUUUCAGAAAUUAGCAAAGAUAAAAUCGAUAAUUUUAGGAGAAGGUGUGUAAUUGGAGUAUAUUACUUAUUAUUAUAAUAUUCUAAGCUUACAAAACAAUUUACUUGAUCUACGGUGCUCGCCAAACUGUAUCUUGUUCUCGGCUUUUUCUGAAAUCAUAUUAAACAAUUGCAUAAUUUGAUGACAAAUAUAGCGUACAAAACUACAAUUAUUGUACCGUAUUUCCUUUAUAUAUUAAUAUCUGCGUUUGCAAUUAAAAUAUUAUUUAAAAUAUGACGAUUAUGAUAAAUCUGGUAAAAAUAGUUAUUUUGUUUUACAAUAAAGAGUAUCGAGAUAAAUGAAAAGUCUAUGUCAGAAAUCUUUUAAUGAGAAAGAUUUUUUUCUUAAAUUGGAAGGUAAAGUAGUAAGCUUUCAAAUUAGAAACCUUUCAAUGCGUUCCUUAAGUAAUUUUACAAAUAGUUUUUUUAGUUUUCUCAGAAUGCUGCUUUGAGAAAGAAAAUCGGCAAGAAAUCCAUACAUGUAAGCUUAAAUAAAAUUAAAAAAAUCAAAUUAUACUGGAACUGUUAAAAUCCCGAACUAAAGUUAAAUCCCCAACUUAAAAUUACCAAAUUUUAUCACUUCCACAAUCAAACACCCGGUAUAAGAUAAAAAAAUAAUAAAAAUAAAA